AUGCGAUCAAAGGUUGAGAACAUCGCGGACAAUAUACCGUCUGGAAGCAACUUGAAGCAUGUCAUUACAGGGGUACUCCGAUUACAAGCUAUAUAUAAUGUUUCUGUGGGUGACGUCAUGUCCGGUUCGUUCUCGGAAUUCCCAGCUCUAUCUAGUUUGUCAUUGGACGACGCAUUUGAAUUUGCACGUGUCGCCUACGAAACGGAGCAAUACUAUCUCUCCGUUGUUUGGCUAAAAGAAGUCAUCUCACUGUACGACCAACAAAGUAGUGCAAAGUUUAAAUUGAGUAAUGCCAUGAAUCUUCUGUCGUCUGCUUAUCUAAAGUUACAAAGACCAACAGAUGCCUUAGCGACAUUAGACGAAUUACUUAAGACAGAUCCCAACAAUAUGGUCGCAGUGAGAAACAGUAAAUAUAUCAUACAGAAGAUUGAUAGCGGUAUGGCUGACGCUGACGUCAAUCAGCAGGAACUCAAGAGCAAGAAAGAUAAAUUGCUACAAAAGUAUUGUAAAACAGACGCAAGACCGAGAAAGCCGAAACCUUAUCAGUUCUCUACGUACACAAGCACAAGACAAAUGGGGUAUUUCGACAGACCGAGCAUUGAAACAGAGGUGCUAAACAGAAAACCAUUAAUUGUGUUGUACAAAAAUAUAACAACCAAAAGUCAACAAAAGGCGGUGGCAUACUUGGGAUAUGAGCAGAUGAAGGCUAUUAUGUACAAGAACCGUUACACACACCCGGGAGGAAUUGAUGGACUGCACGUGGAAGACAACACAAAUUGGCAGUGGAUACCCAAUCUACAAUCAACAUUGUAUGAAAUUGAUAUAACUGAAAGAAAUCCCAUAGAAUCAAGACUAAUGGUACGAAAUAUUGGCCUGCAUGGCAUGGAAAAUAAACCAUUGGGUGAUUCUGAACGAACGAGACUUGGAACGUUUUUAGUAUUUCUAACGGAACCAAAGUACGGUGGUGGCGAUGUUGUGUUUCCAUUUGUUAACAUCAAAGUUAAACCAGAAAAGGGUUCAGUGUUGUUUUACGAAAGAAAAGUACAUAAACAAGCCACUAUAUGUCCAGUUAUUGCCGAUACUGAGUGGGUUGGAAUAUAUGGGCUUUAUGACCAGCUUUACAGUGAUAUAUGUUACAAGGACAUUCUACGUAGGCCUUCAAUGAAGUAAAAAGCAGGGGUUUUCGCUAUAAUCAUUUAAAGCAACAACCGUGUCAUCAGUUGAAGACAGACACUUACUAACUACAUUUUACAUUGAAAUUUAUAUGUUAGCUUUUUAUUUUUACGCUUGAAUAUUAUAAACGAUUCUCUGUCGAUAUAUAGUCACAACGUCUGUAUAAAUUAUAUUGAUAUGUAACAAUAUUAAAAGGUUAUACAAUAAAGAAGGAAAAAUUAA